AUCGAACCAAAGACCUCGAACAAGAUUUUACUGCUUGCACUGCUCCGCGAAACAGAAGCCACCAAUGUCACGCUAAAGUGCCACGUCCUUGAGCUUCAGGCCACAAAUAUCCUGAAUGAGAGGUAUUGCAAGGUCCUUUGUGGACAGCUCGCAAAUAAGGAAGCAAAAAAGCAAAAAGGGAAGGAGAAAGGAAAGUUGAUGGGCAAUGGUUUGCCGUGUUUCCUUUCCGGCGAUGAGUUCUACGAGAAAGUUGUUGAAUUUGAAUGUGAGCAGAAAAAGCGC